UCAUUCAAAAUUUAACCUUAAAGUGGCAGCAGUAGCCAGCUUAAUUGAGACAUUUAUUGGGCUCAUAAAAUGUUGUUGCUGCUGCGCUUUUUGGACCACGAUUUGGACAUCCAAGCUGUGUGUUGCUUUUUCGACUGAUUUAGAUCGAUAGAAGUUGUGUGGCGUCAGUUUGAGGUUUAGAUCUAGUUUUCUCACGUUUGGAAACUUUUUGGCAUUAUGGAAUGUCAAAAUGCUCAAAGUUGCAUCAAUCUGAGUAGGCCUAUCUUUCUUUUAGAGUUUUUUGGAAACUCAAAAUUUCAAAAUGCACUUGUCCAUUAUCCGGUCCCUGUUGAUAACAUCCAGCGUGAUUUGCUUCUCCUUCGGGCUCCUGUUGAUAUCCGCUGGGGCCGUCAUGUUCCAGAACUCGCUUACCGCCCGGAAUCUCCCUACGGACUGGAACCAAAUCUUGGCGACGGAAGCCCUGCUGGCCAUCAAGCUGGGCUCGAUCUGUCUGCUGGUGGUGACCUUCGGGUUCUACGGAACGGUCAAGCGCUCGCUCCAGAUGAUCUUCACCUAUCGGCUGCUGCUGGCGUUGCUGAUUGUGAUUCAGAUCGUGGUGACCUGCUUGCUGCUCGUUGGAACCAGGUCGGACUUUCGGUUUCAGGCGCUGGAGCGGCUUUGGGAAUCUUUUGAACGGAGUAUGGACCGAAGCAGGGCGUUUGGAGUGGUUGACCAGAGAAUCGAGCGGCUUCAGCGAAGCUACGGAUGCUGCGGGAUUGAUUCGUACCGGGAUUGGGGACUUGUGCUUCCGGAAUCGUGUUAUGAAGAGGGAUCGCGGAAUAUUGUAGUUACUGGGUGCUUGCAAGUACUGGAAAGAUAUCUCAGAGGGUCCGGCAAGGCUCUGGGUUGGCUCCUGAUGAGUUUGACCGUUUUUGAAUUCUUCACGCUGCUAUUUGCUAAAUGUUACUCCAACGGAAUACAGAAUCAGUUGAUGACGUUUGUGAGGUCUUGAAACCGAUAAUAAAUCACUUUAUGAAGAAUACAAAGUCGUCUAACCUCGCCCAGAAGUUGUUGACUUUGGAAACAUCUGUACCUCUUCUCAACUGAGAAACAAACAGUAGAUCGCUUCCUCAAUCCUUCUCGCCAGCGAUACAAUCUACAAGGUAGCUCAGCUACCAGACUACCUUCAGAGCCCACCAUACUGGACAUCUAUCUCGGGAGUCGCCACACCUCGAUGGCUUAUUGAAUCAUUCACUCGAUAAUUCCAACAAUUUAUGCCGUGUGCCGGACAACACCGCAGGAUUAAUUAUAAUAAUUCCUCACAGUCCGGCGAAUGAGUACAGUGGAACUCCGGUAGAGCGACUAAACUUGUUUUUAAAAGUGACCACAAUGACAGCUGUCAACCCACCAAGGUUCAACCGUACCAAGUACUCCAAGAUGCAGCUCUCUGGUCGCAGUAGGCUAUGUGGGAAAGCCACCACAUGUCUCGACCAACUACACAAAAAAACCGGUUGAUGUGUUUUCAUGACCAUUCUCGGGUCGGGGGUCCAAGUUGGCGUCGGCCAGGAGGUGCUACUGAAAUGGAAAUUGCAUGCAAGUGCGAAAAACAACACAACACACCGCACACACAAAGUGCGAAAGUAAAAGUGCACUUCGGCCUCUUUUGUCUGGCGGAUCAUGGCGGAGAAGCGCGCAAGAGAGUGGUAGCAGGGGGGAAAAUGGGUUAAAAUUACCCCAAUUUUCGCCAUUAGAUUCUCGCGCCUACUUCGAUUCCAUUAAUACGCUGGUGGGUAUAUUUUUUCGGCGAGUCUGGCCACCUGACGCCAAAAGUGCCCACCAGCUGUGGUGGCACCUCCAGUAAUUGGGGUUGUUCUCCGCGCGGGAUUGAAAGUGAGC